AAAUUAAGGACCUAUCCAUGGUUAAAGGCUCAAAAUCCUGUUUACUCUUCUCUCCCUUUUUAUCAUUUUUCGUCUGCGGUAUGCGAGUGACUUUUCAUGAUCAUCGAAGCGCAAGAUGCGUUAUUGAAUGACAAAAUCACGGAUCAUUGUCUACCCCCUGCUAUUAUGAAGAUAAAUAAUCGGGUAACAAGGAAGGCUGGAAUUUAGGAAAGCUAUAUCACAAUCUGGACUUUCGCUUGAGAUAUUGAAAUUGACGCUUUUUCACUCGUACAGCAGCAACCUUCUUUCCUACCAGUAUUUUGCAGCAGUUGAAACGAUUAAAUGGUGUCACUGUUGGAAAGAUGGACAACGACCUUGACAACACACUCUCUUGCCCGAUCUGCUACGAGCAGUAUGGUAUCCCUAAGGCACUUCCGUGUCUCCACACAUUCUGCCGAAGUUGUCUUGAAAAGAUGGCUGAUGGAUACAUGACCAUAACAUGCCCCAUCUGCAGCACUGUUCAUAAACUCCCAGACAAUGGAGUCGACGGAUUCAACACCAACUAUGCCCUAGUUGACGUCAUGACUGAUAUUAAAUCUCCGAAAUUCAAGGAAGUCAUGAACAGGAAGAAUAAAGUUGAAGAAAUGCAAGGUAUUGUCAAAAGGGAAGUGAAAAAUCUGAAACACCUUGUUGAUGUUGUCCACACUCCGCUUCUCCAAAGCAUCACGUCAUUGAAAAAAGGUACCGAGCAGCAGAUGAAAGAAAAGGCCAAGUUGGUGAAUGAGCUGUAUGACCGUAUUAUCGCUCAUGCUCAAAAAGAGCGGGAGAAACACAUCAGCGGGAUUGAGAAAAGUAGUGGCGUCGCCAUUAGAUACUUUGACAACGCUCAAAGUAUGAUCCUUAAGGAAAAGGCCAAGAUCGAAUCCUUUUACACAAAAGCCUCGCGGAAAUCCUACACGGACUUGGAGAUAAUGGACCUAAAUGAAUUCUUGCGAGAUGCCGCCGAACAUAAUCGAGGUGGUAGGAGAAUAGCAACAGAACACUCCCAUCUCAUGUGGAAUGAUAUUGAUGUAUCAGAAAAUAAAGAUCAUAUGAGGCAGAUUGAUUCCACUCUUGGAGACAUCGUUCGAGUCCAUGGAAUGAAACGUUCUCAUCGUCCCAGGAUCGGAACUAUGGAGAGUGGAAAGCACAACAGACCAUCCUUGAAUCGACUGAGAAGUAAGAGUGAACCGUAUCCGGAUGCAAUAGAAGCAGCUUGUCUGCCCAAGGUGGAUAGCAAGAAGCUAAGUGACCCUGUUCGUACUGUCGUAGAUAGUUUCCUACAGAUGGUACGUAGUAACAACCAUCGUGUAAAUGACGAAAAGAAAAAUGACUUGAAUUCAACCACGUCUGGCACUUCGAAAAGACCACUCACCAGUCCUACGACCUCAGCGAAGAGGAGCUUGUUUGGUGACCCUCCUCCCUAUGCUAAUAGAAUAAUGCGCAGAUCUAAGUCAGAUGAAGAGCCACUAGUCGUUCCUCAACUACAAACGACUGAAUCUGCUCCUAGACGGUCAGAUAGUACUAAAUCCACAGGUUCUGGUAACAGCUUUAGUUCAGGGACACCGUCGAUACAAGGCCAACCUGGACCCCAGAAGCCUCCCAGAGCUGUCACAGCUUCAACCUUGCAUUCGCCCUGCGGAAUCGCUAUCACAACCAAUGAUGAAUUAAUGAUAGCAGAGCGCAAAAGUGGUAUAAUCAGACUCACCCAUCCCCGAACUCUCCGGAUGAAGAGGAAUAUCAGACCAUUCAGAGGUCACAUCGACGAAGCCAAAAUGCACGCUCUAUUUGACCUCACCGUACUUCCUAAUGGAGAUAUCGCCGUCACGGAUUCAAGUCUUAAAAAGAUGAUCUUCCUCCAAAAAUUCAACAAUUAUGGUGCACCUCAACAGAUAUGGAUGCCACACGAUAUGGUUCCUCGCGGCAUCACCAGCGACGGAGCUUGCAUGUAUGUCUGUGAUGCUGGCAACGCAUGUAUUCAAGUGUAUACCCACACAGGGAAACACUGUAGUAGUAUUGACCUGGACAAUCUCACAACAGAUCGGUCACCUGCUAUCUCCGAGGUGUGUCCACAGUCCAUCACAGUCAGUCCCAACGGUCACAUUCUUGUAAGUGACAUCAUCAACCGAUGCCUUUACCUAGUUCUGCGCACUGGUGAAAUCAGCAGACUGCCCAUGAAGUUCAUUACAAGGAACGGUGUCCGCUGUUCGACAGCACACUAUGACGCUGUUCCCCGUGGCGUCUGCUGGCUGGACGACCACCACGCCCUCAUAGUAGAAGGAAUCAGCCAGGAAGUCCUCCUCGUCAAUAUCCUGGACAUGGCAUUGGUUCACGUGAUCCGACGGAGAGAGUUUAUCUCUCUGCAGGGCAUGGUACUUGAUUCCUCUGGUCAAGUCCUCAUCACAGACAUUGAAAACGACAGAAUCCAUGUAAUCACUAAGUCAGACUUGCCUUCCCAUAGCCGUGGAGGACACUACACUCAACCUAUGCGACGCUCAAAGAGUCUGACCAGAGAAGUGUCAAUCCAUGAUCAAGGUACAUUAGUAUGAGAUAACAUUCAUGUUAGUACCUUACGUUUCAACUCGAUUCACAUCAACUCAUUUGCAAAACAAGACUAUUUAGUUUGUAUGGUGGGACCAGGGUCCCGUUGCACUACAUUUACUAUUUAACACAAUGUUACUGCCAAUGUUAAGAUUUAUCCGACGGCAGUGGCGUAUCUAACGGGUGCAAGGGGGACACGUGUCCCGGGCGCUACUUUUAGUGGACGUAUCCUAUUUAUGAAUUUCCACAAUAGUCCCUAAAAUUUUCCCCUUUCAUGUAAGUAUAUCAAAAAUUUCAGCUCACUGAUCGUACUUGCACUAAUUGCUUGGUUAGAAACGUAUCGUAGGAUUAUUUAUUCCUCCUUUAAAUGUCCCGAUUUCAGGUCUAAAUAGAAAUAAUUUUCAGCUCGCUUCGCUUGACUUUGAAAAGGGCGCGAUUUUAGCAUUUGCCCCGGGCGCCGCUUUUCCUAGAUAAGCCACUGCCCGACGGGGCCCUCGAAUGUUCUUAAUCUUAUUAUUAUAAUACAUACAACAUUAAAUUUAAGAUUUGUUUUAUUUACUGCGAUAUUGUGGCUUUUUGAUAAUGUAUAUGAAUUGAUAUUAUAUGCCUUAUAAAGGAUUUUCAAAGAAAUUCAUCGAACUUCAUCUCAUCAUUGAGGCACAUUUCGCGGCAAUAAUCGGGUAUUGCUUCAAAUUAUGUGUGUGUGUGUGCGAUGUUACAGAAACAAAAAAGAAAACAUUCUUGCAUCAUUAAUCACAUUUCACAGCAGCUGUUUAUCUGUCUAUAAUAAAGGUUUAUUGAAGUUAUGUUAAAUUAGAAUAUUCGUCCAGCUAAUGUAUACUCGUCAGAUUCUCAUUAACGAAUCAUUAAGGUUAGGUUAACACCUAGACCUUGCAGUGGGUGGUAAUCUGGAAGAUAAUUCACGAAUUUUCGAAGACAAUUACCAAACAAACUUAAUCACGUUAUUUUUUCAAUUCGUUAAUUUAAUUGUUCCUUUCAUUAAGCUAUCGAUUUGUUUAUUGUUUUUUCAAAUUCCAGUAAUUUACCACUAAUGACUGCUAUUAUAGAUCUCUAUGGUCUUAACCAGGGGCAGAAGAAAUAAAUAUUUAAAAUAUAUCUUUUAUCCAUUGAUUUGUAAAGAUUUAUUUACUGGGUUUAAACAUGAUAUAGUUCGUUGAUCGUAUUUUUUAUUGAGUGACCGUAUAUGUUAAGAUUUUUUUAAUGAUUGGUUUAUAAAUAAUUUUUUAAUCGCAUAUUGUUUGGGUAUAAUAUGAUGACCAGCCAUAUAUGUUUAGGUGUAAAGUUAAGCUUUUCUCUACCAUCUGAAAACAGGUAUUAUACAUAAGACCUAUUGAAUCACAUUGUACACUGUAAAAACGCUAUUCAAUAUUUUUAACCACAUUGUUUAAGCCUGUUAUUCUAACAAAUCUUGUUUAAAGUUUUAAACAAGUCGUUUAAAAGUUAAAACAACUUGUUUAAGUGACGGGUUUAAACAACAUGCUAUUCUCAAAAUAUGGUUAUAUCAAGUUAGCUUAAAAUGGAUGUAACUGUACACUGUUACUUUUGUUGAAGUUUAAUUUUCAUCAUUCGUUAUAAAAAUUACUGGUGUUAUAGCCGCUAAUCGACAAUCAAGAGUAAGAAUUCAAUAAUGAAAAAGGGAUAUGAUGAAAAUGUACUUUGAUUUCAUACGGGUUUCUUAUGGACAUUCGCAUUUUCCAUGAAAUUUUCUGGAAUAUUUAUAUAUCAACUUUUUAAAUGCAAUUUCUUAAAAAAUGUCCAUAAUUAUGUAUGUCGGAUAAGUCGUUCUGAUAAUCACCACUGUAUUAUACAAAUGGUCAGAUGAGCCAUAAAUUUGUGAAACACAAAAUACUGUCAAAAUUGGUUAUAAUUUCUGUAAAUAGGUCGUUUUGAAUUUCACUUUUGCUCCUUAUUUGUAUAAUAGAUUUCUAUCACUUUAUGCUUACGUGCAGAACAUGUAGACUGGUUGUCAUGUUUGUAGAUCAGCGGGCUUUUAAACAAAAUGGUUUUCGCUUUUACCAGUGAAUUAGAAGUGUAUAGAAACACCAGUGGGCUUCUUUUGAAAUAAGCAAUAUGAUUAUAGACAAUCUUGAUAUUCACGUAUUCAGUUAGAUUUACAGGUAGAUAAUUGCAAAUACAACUCCAGAAGAGAUGCUACAUGUUAUGUGGUUAUUCGCGGUCCAUAUUAGGCCUAAUUUGUUUAUUUGUUUGUCUAAUUAACCCCCCCCCAAAAAAAAAAAAAAAGAAAGG